UGCACGUUUUUGUUCUUCAAAUGGCUAAAAUUAUUGGCUCAAUCAUUUAUACGCGUAUAGGGAAGAGCCCCCCGCCGCAGUUCACCGGCGUGAUCCAUACGGUGAGUCCGCUGCAGUCGCACCCGUCUCCCGUGGUGAAGCUCAUCAUCGCUGUGGCCAAGUCCAAGUUCUGUGCGCAGAUUGUGGUUUUAUGGAACAGCGACAAGCCCUUACCUCCCAGGAACAAGUGGCCCUCCACCAGUGUGCCUCUCACCGUCAUCCAAGGACAGAGCAAGGUGACACUAUUUUUCGAUGGCACGGCUCCUCCAAACCUUUUUUUCAGUCCAGGGGAGAAAUUCACAAGGCAGAAUCCUACCAUCGAUUCAACGUAACUACUAUGUGUAGCCACGAACACCUCAGCGAUGAGAAACUUGUCAAAGCGUGCCAUGCUAAGAGCAGAUGCGACUGAAAUGGAGUGCCCCACCUUGGUCCUAUAUAUUGCAUUUGAAGGGGAGCUACUGCACUUUUAAAACUUCUUAU